AUGCAGCAGGUCCUGGAUAACCUUACUGAUCUACCGACAUCGACAGGCGCUGAAGAAAUAGACCUGAUUUUUCUUAAAGGAAUUAUGGAAAACCCUAUUGUAAGAUCACUUGCAAAGGCUCAUGAGCGACUGGAAGAUUCUAAACUUGAGGCUGUCAGUGACAACAACCUGGAGUUGGUGAAUGAAAUUCUUGAAGACAUCAGUCCCUUAGUAAACAAAGAUGAAAAUAUUGCAGAGUUGGUUGGAAUACUCAAGGAGCCUCAUUUUCAGUCACUCUUGGAAGCACAUGAUAUUGUGGCUUCAAAAUGUUAUGAUUCCCCUCCUUCUAGCCCAGAAGUCAAUAAUUCUUCAGUGAACAACCAGAUUGUUCCAGUAGAUGCUAUUCGUAUCCUUGGAAUUCACAAAAGAGCAGGAGAGCCACUGGGUGUUACCUUUAGAGUUGAGAACAAUGAUCUGGUAAUAGCACGAAUUCUUCAUGGCGGAAUGAUAGAUCGACAAGGUCUUCUGCAUGUAGGUGACAUUAUAAAAGAGGUGAAUGGCCACGAGGUUGGAAACAAUCCAAAAGAAUUGCAGGAACUGCUGAAAAAUAUCAGUGGCAGUGUCACUCUGAAGAUUCUCCCCAGCUACAGAGACACUGUUAUUCCUCAACAGGUUUUUGUGAAGUGUCAUUUUGAUUAUAAUCCAUAUAACGACAACCUCAUCCCGUGCAAAGAAGCAGGUUUGAAAUUUUCUAAAGGAGAAAUUCUUCAGAUUGUAAACCGAGAGGAUCCAAAUUGGUGGCAGGCAAGUCAUGUCAAAGAAGGAGGAAGUGCAGGGCUUAUUCCUAGCCAGUUCCUGGAAGAGAAGAGAAAGGCUUUUGUUAGGAGGGACUGGGACAACUCAGGGCCUUUCUGUGGAACAAUAAGCAGCAAAAAAAAGAAAAAGAUGAUGUAUCUCACUACAAGAAAUGCAGAAUUCGAUCGUCAUGAAAUCCAGAUCUAUGAGGAAGUAGCCAAAAUGCCUCCCUUUCAGAGGAAAACACUGGUCUUAAUUGGGGCCCAAGGAGUGGGGCGAAGAAGUUUGAAGAACAGGUUUAUAGUACUGAAUCCUACUAGGUUUGGAACUACAGUGCCAUUUACUUCACGAAAGCCCAGGGAUGACGAAAAGGACGGGCAAGCGUACAGAUUUGUGUCCCGAGCUGAAAUGGAGAUGGAUAUUAAAGCUGGCAGAUAUUUAGAGCAUGGAGAAUAUGAAGGAAAUCUUUACGGCACCAAAAUUGAUUCCAUCCUUGAAGUCGUUCAGACAGGAAGGACCUGCAUCUUGGACGUGAAUCCACAGGCCCUGAAAAUACUGAGGACUUCAGAAUUCAUGCCCUAUGUCGUGUUUAUUGCCGCUCCAGAGUUGGAGACGUUGCGUGCUAUGCACAAGGCGGUGGUUGAUGCUGGAAUUACAACCAAACUUCUCACU